AUGGUGUCUAAACGAAAGCGUGCGCGAAUUGAUUUCACGGCAAAUGCGAUCGAGAAGGAGGUUAUGGAAGCGAAACAACAACUUGAUACUGUUGUUAAUUUCAAAAACAGUGUCAGGUUGAAACAACUACGAGAGGCUCUUGCUGUUUUUAAGGGGAAAGCACAAUUUGACGUCGUAGGCAUGCGCUCUGAUGUUUGGCUUUAACACAAUCAUGUGGAUUUUAUUUUCAAUUCGACAUGUGCAGAAAGUCUUUUCGCGAUACAAGAACACACGUUUCACAAUUAUUUCUCGAAUAGUUAAGUAUUUGUGCCCGGAAAGUUGGUUGACAGACAUUGUUGUCGAAGAGAUUGUGGACACCUUGGAGAAAUUUGCACCGAAUAUGCCAUUUGCGGGAACAUAUUCAAAUGACUUUGACGAUGCACUCAAAGCUGUCACGAAAGCGGGAGAAUUUAAUGUUUCUGGUCUCCUUGCACCGCCUGUAGACGAUUUUUUAGAAUGUGGCGGUCGCUUAUGUGCUCCGAAUCCACCAAGCAAUGGUAUAUUAUACACCACAAAUGGCCCAAAAGCUGUCACGAAAAUUAUUCUUCGUUGUUUGAGCUGUAAGAUAUAUGGCUAUGCAAUGAGAUCAGAUGGCGAUGGGGUAUCAUGUUAUUACAGUGAGGAUAUCAUGGCACGCAAUACAGUUCUUGAAGUGACAAAUGUGGCAUAUAUUGAGAAGGCCCUGUAUGUAUGGCUAACAUCUCUAAU